GAAGGAAAAUCCUUCCCCAGCCUUGUUCGAGAAGACUCUCUCUGCUCUCGCCGCCAAAAUCACAUCUACCCAGACACACCUCGAUCAGAGCCGGGCAAAGUCAAGGCGGGUCAAGGUCCUCUGCACGCUCUACCUCGGGUUCGCUUACUUGGUUUAUGGCAUCGUCCUGGUGCUGGUGGUGGGAUGGAGGAGUAUGGGACCCCUGGAGUGGACGGGCAUGGCGGGCGGGCCAGUCUUGAUCUAUGUCGUACGCGCCGUGACGACGGCGUUUUUCGACUAUCGCAUCGAGAGGCUUAGCAUACAACUCAAGGAAUAUCAAACUGAGCGCGCCAAGACCAUUCAGAAACUCAAGGAUGCGACAAAGUACGACUCUACUCUCGAGUUGUUGGAGAAAUACGGCGGGGUUGAGAACAAGCAAACGAAGGGUAAGAAGGAAGUCGAAAAGGAAGAGGGUGCGGAGCGGGAGAAGGAUGGACGGCCAAAGCAGAAGCACCCCGGGUUGCCGCAGCGCACCAACAUGCCACCACCACCAACAGCCAACAUUCAACGACCGCCUGCAACCCAUACGGGCACACCACAGCCCAGGCCGCAAAGCAGGCUCGGUUCACCGCCCCAACCACAAUCGAACCGAGCAGACAUGGACACGUCGGCCGAAUUUGCGCCGAAUGCAUUUGAUGGAAAACCUCCCCCUGCAUUCAUGCAAUAUCCGCCUGCUGCAAUGGCUCCCCAGGCCGAAUCGCACUGGUACGACCGCAUUUUGGACACACUGUUGGGCGAGGACGAGACAGCGGCCAAGAACAGGAUCGUUCUCAUCUGCUCCAGCUGCCGGCUCGUCAACGGGCAAGCGCCACCUGGAACUAAGUCGCUGUCCGAGUUGGGAAUGUGGAAGUGCAUGGCCUGCGGUGCGUCCAACGGGGAGUUGGAGGAGGGCAAGCGGAUUGUCCAGGAGGUGCUUGGAGGGCGUACUCCAGACAUCAAGGUUGAGGCCACCGAUGAUGGCGCGAGUAGGAGCUAGAGCGAUCUUGCCGAGGUGGAGAAGGACACGCCGGAAGCCGAGGCCGGGGAGCCAGGCGCGGCGGCUGAGAGUCAGGAAACGGAGAGGAUAGCGGAUGUACGGAAUGAGGAGCCCUUCUCAUUCUUCUAGCACGAUCGUUACGCAAUCUAUCCUUCGCCCUUUGUACUGUACGUAUCCAUGGUCAUCUCUUUGUCUUUCCCAUUCAAUUUUACAAGCGUCGGGUGGGAUACCUUCCGACAUCUCACAGUCCCUCUGUUUACCUCUUGUUCCUAACUUGCCACAAAGCCAUUGUGCAGACUUAAAGGCAUGAGAGAAGUCACCGUGAGAAUAUUAAAACCACCGUCUUUUACACAAACUAAGUUAGUCUUCUGUACUACAAAACUACUAUGACCAAGCACAAGACAAC